UGAUGUUUUGUGUGAAUGUCAACUUCUUCGUCGAGAAAACAUCAUUCGCAAAAGAAAAAAGAUUUCGUCGUCCGUGCGUGAGUGCAGCAAGAGGAAAGUUUUUUUUUCUGCAUCAAGCAAAACCGAAAAUCAUUGUGGACGAAUUUGGUUUUGAUCUCGAACUCAUACAUUUUCUCACACUCAAAACGGAUUCUUCUUCGCAAAACUAAUCGUGGCACUGCAGAAGACACAUUCCUCUGCACCGUGAUCCACUGGUGGUAUAAAUUUGACUGCUGAACUCGGUUGUAAAGGGGGCGUAUCGUGAAGCCCCAAGUGUUUGUGUCACCGAAAAGUAUUUCCUGCUUUCUCUGGCAAAUUUCGCGUGUGUUUCUUGCCUUUACUGAUUCAACUAACUGAUAACGCCGAAUUGAAGAGUCAAACGGGAGAGGAAGCAUAACAAUCAUUGUUGUCGGAUUGAUAAGCAAGGAACCACAAUGGAGUACGAGAGCGUCGUGCUGAUAAAGCAGGAGGUGUUCGUUUACAAAAUCCCACCGAGACAGAGUAACCGUGGCUACCGUGCGGCGGAUUGGAACCUGGCCGAACCGACCUGGACCGGACGGUUGCGGAUGGUAUCCAAAGGGAAGACGCUGGCCGUCAAACUAGAGGACAAGCUCACGGGAGCCCUGUUUGCCAACUGCCCCAUCGAAACCUAUCCGGGAGUGGCCAUUGAGGCCGUUUCCGAUAGUUCCCGGUACUUCGUUCUGAGGAUACAGGAUGAUAAUGGAAGGACGGCAUUCAUCGGACUAGGAUUCGGCGAUAGAUCCGAUUCGUUCGAUAUGAACGUUGCUCUGCAGGACCACUUCAAGUGGGUCAAAAAUGAGGAGCAGAUAGCCAAGGAAAAGGAAGAACCACAGCAGCAGUUAGAUCUAGGCUUCAAGGAGGGUGAAACAAUUAAGAUAAACAUGAAAAUCACGAAAAAAGAUGGAUCUGAAGGUGGAUCCCGAACUGGUGCUAAGAAGACCGGUGGGCUAGGUUUGCUGCCACCUCCACCCGGAGGAAAUAAAAUUGCCCCACCUCCUUCGGCUUCAUCGCCAUCGCACCAGCCUAGCGGCGUUGCUGCUGGAACCACAGGCCAAUCGGAUUGGGGUGAAUUCACUUCAGCUGGCGCAAAACCACAAACGACGGCAACGACACCAAGCAAAACGAACGCCAACUGGGUGCAAUUUUAAAGUUUACGCAAAUAAAGUGAAUCAACAAAUCCUUAGCAAAUAUAAACUAGGAAGGUAACCAGAACACUUACAAAACAUUUAAAACAACAAACAAACCCAGACCCAACUACUACUUCUAUAAUAGUACUACUGCAUCCUAUUGUUGUUGUUGAUGUUGUUGAACCUAACUCACAGACACACACCCACAAACAUGUCCCUAAACGGUUUGCUUUGAUUAUCUUUGUCCUAAAUCCGCCUGUUGACUACAAACGAUCUAAGCAAGGAAUCUUGUGCGAGCUCAAACGCAACGAUCUACGCAAAGAGAACCAAACUUCACCAUCCAUGAAUGUUAUUCAAUGCUUUGUCAUGUAGGAAAAAACAAGAGAGCCUUGCGUUUUGUUGCGGCAUUUUUGAUCGGCUGAAGUCCAUAUUUCAUAUCACCAAAUCAUCUUGCAUAAAAUCAGUUAAAAGAAACAACACAUACUACUACUACUGAAGGAAAAACCGAGAACUCUGUUCGAGCAUGCUAUUUAAAUAGAAUAUAUAUAAAUAUUGAAGAAAUAGUUGUAAGCGAUUUUUUGAGUGCGACAAAGGCGCGGUAUAUGGAAUCCUUUGGACACACUCAAUGUUAUAAAGAAUGUAAGACGAACCAACAAAAACUAACGACACUGUUAUGAAGUAUAUUGUAGUACGUAUGACGUAGAUCAUAUGACUUUCGGUUAAUCGUUUAUUAGAGUUUUUAUAUUUUGUCUCGGAAAAGUAAGAUAACUUAAAUAGCGACUAAAAGGUUUCCUUGUUCUAGCGAGCAGACUGGGUUAAUUAUUUGAACUAUUUUUCGAAAUAUCCCUUAGCAACAAAUUGUGUUUGAAGAACUUGAAUUGAUUAAAGGCAUCCAACCUAGAAA